CGCAUGCGUGUAGGUAGUCGACGCCGCCGGGUGCGAGCCCGUCGCAAGAUGGCGGCGGCCAUGCUGGGCCACAGAGUUCUGUUUGCGCAGCGGGCGGCGGUAGCGGCUCGGGCAGUGGCGGAGUCGGCUACGGCGCCUGAGGCCGAGGCAGCGGAUCCCUUGCAGCUCCAGCGCCGGCUGCGCUAAGCGGCAGCCUUCCUUCCUUCCGUACCCGGCCCGCUCGCAGCAGGCCGGCCCUCCUCGUUUCCCUGUCCCUGCCCUGCUCUCCUCCCUUGGUGCCCGCCUCCCUGCCCUGCCCAGCCAGCUGGCCCCCGGAAUGGAGGUGUCCGGGGGCCCCGGUAUGGCGGGGCCCAGCAACGUCCCUGCCUUCCUGACCAAGCUGUGGACCCUAGUGAGCGAUCCGGAGACAGACCCGCUGAUCUGCUGGAGCCCGAGUGGGAAUAGCUUCCAUGUUUUUGACCAAGGCCAGUUUGCCAAGGAGGUGCUGCCAAAGUACUUCAAGCACAACAACAUGGCCAGCUUCGUUCGGCAACUCAAUAUGUAUGGUUUUCGGAAGGUUGUCCACAUUGAACAAGGUGGCCUGGUGAAGCCAGAGAAAGAUGACACAGAGUUUCAGCACCCGUUCUUUAUCCGGGGCCAAGAGCAGCUCUUGGAGAACAUCAAGAGGAAAGUGACCAGUGUCUCCAGCAUAAAGCAUGAGGAUAUAAAGGUCCGACAGGACAACGUCACCAAGCUGCUAACGGAUGUUCAGAUGAUGAAGGGCAAACAGGAGAGUAUGGACUCAAAGCUCAUGGCCAUGAAACAUGAGAAUGAAGCCCUGUGGAGAGAGGUUGCCAGCCUUCGGCAGAAGCAUGCCCAACAGCAAAAAGUAGUCAACAAGCUGAUCCAGUUCCUGAUCUCUCUUGUCCAGUCAAACCGGAUCCUGGGGGUGAAGAGGAAGAUCCCCCUGAUGUUGAAUGAUAGCAGCUCGGCACAUUCCAUGCCCAAGUACAGCCGCCAGUACUCCUUAGAGCAUGUCCAUGGCUCCUCUCCCUACACGGCUUCUUCCCCAACCUAUAGUGGCUCCAACCUAUACUCCUCAGACUCCGCAGCCAAUAGUGGACCCAUCAUUUCAGAUGUCACAGAGCUGGCCCAAUCCAGCCCCUCGGCCUCCCCCAGUGGCAGCGUGGAUGAGAGGAUCAGCCCAAUGAUACGAAUCAAGGAGGAGCCCCCCAGCCCACCACGAAGCCCCCAGAUCGAGGAGACCAGUCCAGGCCACCCCCCCUCGGUGGUGGAGACUCCCCUGUCCCCUUGCACCUUCAUCGACUCCAUUCUUCAGGAGAGUGAGCCCAGCGCUGCCGCCUCUGUUUCUGGCACUGUGGGUGGGGCCAUCUCCUCUCCACCUCCAGGUCCCCUCCAGACUCCCGAGAAGUGCCUCAGCGUAGCCUGCCUCGACAAUUUGACUCGCACUCCACAGAUGUCUGAGGUCGCCCGCCUCUUCCCCAGCCCUGCCUCUUCCUCUCUGCAUUGCCGAUCACAGCCAGGAAAUGAGCUUAGUGAGCACCUGGAUACCAUGGACUCCAACCUGGACAACCUACAGACCAUGCUAACCACCCACGGCUUCAGUGUAGAUACCAGCGCCCUACUAGAUCUCUUUAGCCCCUCAGUGUCCGUGACAGACAUGAGCCUGCCUGACCUGGACAGCAGCCUGGCCAGUCCCCUCACUCCCCACCCCCUACAGAUCCAGGACCUCCUCUCCUCCCAGGAGCAACCAAAGCCUCUGGAGACUGAGACAGGUGGUGCAGACUCAGGGAAUGGCCCUCUGGGCAGGGGAAAUGAUGUUAAAACAAAACAUAUCAACAAAAAAAUUUUUUUUUUUAAAGAAUGAGGGACACCUGAGCAAAGAGAUGGAAGAUGAAAGGAAUGGAAUGAUUGCUGUGGCAGGCUCCUAGAGGAGAUAGGAAAGGAAGGAAGGGAUUCAAAGAUACAAGUAAAGGGGUUGUCCUUGUCAAGAAGUGUCUAUCUCUUCCUCAGACUGGAACAAAGGAGAAGAGGAGGAGUGAAGAUGUGGAUGGGAUUUGGAGGAAUGGAGUAAGGCAGAUUUUUGUAGUAAAGUAGAAGACAAGGUCAUGCAAUAAAAAUCCAUCAACAAGGAUUACUCAAAAACAUACUAUGUGGCAGGCUCUCUGUUAAGACACUAGGGAUGCAAGCACUAUUAAACAAUUCCUGCUCACAAGGAGUUGAUAUCCUAAUGGGAAAGACAAGUACAUGUAUAAAUAUAUGCAGCAUAAAGAUAAAGAGAAUGCAAAAAUACAUUUUAUAUAUGCAUAUUAAUUAAAGGGUAGUGUGGAGAGAAGGUACUUACUAGCAACCAGGGGGAAUCAGAAAAGCUUCAUGUGAAGAUAGUGCUUGGACUGAAUCUUAAAGAAAGGGAUGGAGGCAGAGGUGAGGAGGAAAUGCAUUUCAGGAAUGGAGGAGAGCCAGUGUAAAUGCACUGAUCUGUGAGAUGUAGUGUUUUAUGUAAGAAACAGAGGUCAGUUGGCUGGAUCACAGUGUAAGAGGGGAAAAAAUGUAGAAAGAGGCUGCAAAUAUAGGUUGGAGCCAUGUUGAAAAGAGCUUUAACAGUGAAAUAAAAAAUAUUUUGUGCUAGAGACAACAAGAACCCACUGGAAUUUACUGAGUAAGGGAGCUACAUGGUCAAGACCUCUGAGUAUAAGAAAAAUCACUUUGGCAGGGAGCAGAGUAUAGCAAUCUGAUUACGGGGAUAUCAGGACGCUGUUGCAGUAAUCCAAAUGAGAGGUGCUGAGGACCUGAACUAAGUAGUAGCUAUAACAUCAACAGAGAGAAGGGGUGAGUUGAAAGUGACCUGGUUGAGGUAGAGAUGGCAAGACUUGCCAAUUGAUUGGCUCUGUGAGAUAAGGGGGUAUGAGGAGUUGAGGAUAAUGCCAGAGUUAUGAACUUGGAAGACUGAAAGUAUGGUGGUACCUUCUCCAGAAAAAGGGAAGUUUGGAGGAGGGGGAAAGAUAACGAGUUGUUUCAGACAUGCUGAGAUUGAGAUGUCCCUGGGAAAUCAUGUUUGAAAUUUCUAAUUGGCAACUGGUGAUGCAGAACUGAAGCUCGGUGAAGAGAGAAGCAAAUCUGCGAGUCAUCUGCAUAGAGAUAACUAAAUAACGAAACCCACGGUUGCUUAUGUCACUGCAAGAGAAAAGGGCCUAAAACUGAGCUCUGGGUAACACCCAUAGUUAGGGUAUAGGAAAACCACCGAGAAGGAAAGGACAUAGGUUCUGGGGUCAGAUGACACAAUCUGUUAUCUCAAGAGUGUGGGGCAGACCUACACUGGAGAUGAAUUUCAUUUAGUGAUAGGACUUGUGAGCCAGUCUGAAAUGCUAGAAUCCCUACCUUGCUUUGUCACUGAGGUCCCUAGCCCAGUUCUCAGUUGAGUCAGGUUUAAGUUACUUCCUGGUGAGUCACUCAAAAAGCAUUUAUUAAGCACUAACCAAGUGCAAGUGCUUGCAACACAAAGAAAGUUCCAUAGGUUCCCAACAUUUGGAACGAUUGGGGGGGCGAGGGGGCGGUAGCAGCCUCAGGUACACCAGGGAGGUGUUGAAUAAAAAUAAGGGUUAACCUAACCUAACCCCAGGGGGGCACUGAGUAAUUUUUUUUAAAAGGGGGAGGUAGGCCAAUCAGUUUGGGAACCUCUGGGCCAUAAACAGUCCAGGCCCUAAAAGAGCUUCCAGUCCAAUGAGGGAGACAACAUGCAAACAGGUACCUAUGAGACACCUCCAAGGGGCAGCUAGGUG